AUGAAGACGACGACCAAAAGCCCUGCUGCUAGAGCCAGCGCAUGGCUUAGGCUGCAAGAGAGUGGACGUGCCUCCUCUCGAAACCAUCCACAUCCGAUAGGCAAGUCGAGAGUGCAGUCGAGAGUCGAGAGUGCAGUCGAGAGUCGAGAGUCGAGAGUGCAGUCGAGAGUCGAGAGUCGUAGACGAGAGCCGCCUAGCUAG